AUGCAAUAACCAAACAACAGGAUUCAUCACCACAUGAUCUCGGUGAGACAUUUUAUAGUGUGACAGUUCAUCAGAAGAUUUUAUAUCCUGAAAAAGACAUUUUUGAAGAAAGCAGUGAACUAACCAAUCGUCGAAAUGUUUAAGUCCGGCGCUAACUACAACAAACUGAAAACAAAUUUACGGUUGACGAUCAACCGUCUGAAAUUACUGGAAAAGAAGAAAACCGAGUUGGCGCAAAAAGCGCGGAAGGAAAUCGCUGAUUAUAUUGUGGCUGGAAAAGAAGACCGUGCGAGGAUACGAGUUGAACACAUCAUCAGAGAGGAUUAUCUGGUGGAAGCUAUGGAGCUACUUGAAAUGUACAGCGAUUUGCUUCUGGCCAGAUUCGGUUUGAUUCAAACACAAAAAGAACUAGAUCCUGGGCUUGAAGAAUCCAUAGCAACCUUGAUCUGGGCCACACCUCGUUUGCAAACAGAUGUGCCAGAGAUGAAAGCUAUUUCUGAUGAAUUUGGAGCCAAGUACGGGAAGGAAUUCCAGCAGGCUUGUAGGGCGAACAUGCUGAGUAAUGUCAGUGAAAAAGUCAUGCACAAGCUGGGUGUUCAGGCUCCUCCAAAGAUCUUAGUGGAGAGAUAUAUGAUUGAAAUUGCACGGACAUACAGCGUUCCGUUCGAGCCCGAUCCAUCAGUGAUGCAGCAGGAUGAGAUAUAUGCGGCAGAGAAUUUGCUGAUUGACAUUCAGGAUGAUGGGAAGAAGCCUGGGGGUGGCAGUGGAGGUGGGGGUGGUAUGACCGUCAUGCAGCCCCAGCCUGCAGGUGCUGCCUAUCCUCAGCCACAGGGAUUUCCUGCGGGUAAAGUGCCUCCACCCCUGCCCUCAUCAGCUCCAAGUGGUGGUAGUUUAUCUGAGAAACCCCCUUACCCUCCUGGCCCAGCCAGCUACAAUGCCCCAUACCCACCAGGAAUUGCAGCAGGUGGAUAUUCUUCCCCACCCAACAUCCCAGCCGACCCUGUCCCAUCCUACAAUGACCUGUACAACAAUCAGCCAGCUGCAGGAGCAGCCUUCAAACCUCCAGUAGGAGGAGUAAAACUGCCCACAGUGCCAAAACCAGAUGAUACCUUUCCAGAGCUGCCAUCUGUACCUAACAACACAUUGCCCAACUCUGUUGGGACGACGUCUGCUGGAGGCGAGGACGUAGAUUUUGAUGAUCUUACAAGAAGAUUUGAAGAACUGAAAAAGCGAAAAUAAACGUUCAAUGAUCACUUUUUUAUAUAACAUUGAUGUAUAUAAUUUAAAAAUAUGUAUUAAAUAUGUGCUCCUGUGAACUGGAAAUAAUCAGAAAUAUCUGCUUAAUGAAUGUGGCAUUUUCCACACAUACGAAAUUCAUGUAGCAGUUGAUUAUUUAUUAUUUAUUACCUCUGUAUAUGUCGAAUAUUGCGAAAUCAAACCUACUUUGUGUCAGGUCAUUGUUUUCUGUAUGGGUUAGCAUCAUCAUCUAUAGUUUUUUAGUCUUUUGCAGAUGAGCCAAUUCUUGUAUUAAACAGGGUGCGAUUUUCCCCUUGUUUUGUCCAGAUCACGCGUUCUGCAUGGCAAGCCAUGGCAGCUUGCCAGUGGUGAACAGCAGACCAAACACAACCAGUAACAGGCCAUUUCUUAAAUGACCUCUUAAUUAUAAAAUGGAAUGUAAAAAAUUGCAGGCAACAUUGUUUCAUUUUUACCAUAUGUUAUAUUGACAAAAUAUAUUGACAAAAUGUACUGGGACUUGCCAACAGUUUACGGUACUAGUACAGUACAUUUUAGCCAGCCUUUUACCAAUAUCUCAGGUUGUUUUUCAUUUGGACAGCAAAAUUUCUAUAUCAAAGAAAAAAGCAGGCUAUACAAGAUUUUCAAAUUCAAACACUUACGUGGCAUUCAUAAGUUUUUGGGGUGUUAUUAUUAAUUUUCUCGUAUGAUACGCAUAGAAAUUUUUGCUUUAAAUGUGAACCUUCCUGUCUGUAACAUUAUGGCACUAUAGCUGUAGACGUCAUUCGUGCAUGCCUAUCAUAGUUUCUGUCAUUUACGCCAUUUUUCUCACAAAGUCACCAGCACACAAAAAAUGCAGUGCCAUAGUGGAGAAUGAUGGUCGAUGUUACAAAUAAAGUUGUAUCAAUAGAAUUACAUGUAAAAAUUCAUUGUAUGGCAAUACAGUUUAAUGGAAUGUAGUGGUAGCAUAAACUACAUAUAUGUAUAUAUAUAUAUUCUUCUACUGGCUAAUUAACCUUCAACCUACUUCUGAUCUAUAAAGCACAAUUAUUUUCUAUUAUAACAUAAUGUUCUGCUAGUUAAGUUUUAUUUGUGAUAAAUCCUGAUGUGUGAUGUCAUCCUGAUUGCAGAGUUGUUUUAGUUAAAGAAGUACUAUGAGAUAGGAUAUAAUUCCUUUUAGUGAGCAGAAUUGUCUCUUCGUGUUCAAUAUGUUUGUGCCUGGACAGUGUGUUUCACUAAACAUGAGAAUUUUGGCAUCUGUAAAUAUUUUCAUUUUUGACAUAAUAAAGUAAAUGGACACAUACGUGCUAUUAUA